UAUAAACUGUAUAUAUAAUUUGAAGUUAUGAUGUGAAGUAUGUGUCUUUGGAAAGUCACAAUAGGGUUGGAUACCUCGGUACAGACUUUGAGUCUGUAGGAAGGUCUGAACAUGCUUACCAUGUUCAAAGUGUCAGUAUUUCCAAUAAAGCACAAUAAGGGACCAAAUGGUCAUAAUGUCAAGGAUCUAAAAUGGAGCUCAUGGACCAAUAUAGUGACGAUGGAAAUAGAUUGGAAUAAUAUGAUGCAGUUACAGAACAUAACACUAAUUCAAUAAAGGCUCUGGUAUUUUAUUGAAUGAUAUAAAUGAACCUGACCUCUGUCAUGGUAGUAGAAUAAUCCUCCUAUUAUCCAACCAAACUACUUCCUGAGUCAUCUUGCUGCCGGUGACGUCAUGAUGUUUAUAUGGGGAGAAAAACAUGCAAGUUGUUGAUCCCAACACAAAGCAAGGAAGGACUCAAACUCAAGACUUUUUGGUGUUACAUUUUCAAUAUUCUUGCAGUAUAUACGUGUAUGGACAUUUUUGUAGUUAACAGUUUGAUGAUUUUUGUCCAGUAUUGUUGAAGUAUAUUUUAGAUGGUAACUGUCAUGCAAUUGAUACUAGACACUAACUGAUGGAAAAGAAAACUUGUAAUUGGGAGGACUUUAUGUUACACUGUUUCAUGUCUGAUUAUAAUGGCAAUAAUAAUGGAAAUUAUGAAUCCUCACUCUUUCAGUUUAGUACUUGAAUAUAUUGCAAUAGCUAUAUUGUUAUAUCCAUUCAUUCAGUCAUUUACUGAAAAUUCAAGUAAAGGACAUUAAUGCAUUUGUCAGCUGAUGUUUUUGCACAGGUGGACUGAGUCAACCUCCCUCACAGUGAAAAUAAUUCCUUCCAAGAGAAACAAACAUUUGACCCCUGCGCGUAUUUUCCGCAACUUUGUGUGUGUGUUAGCAUUCACAGCCUUGUUCUCACCAUUUAAAAAUACAUGAGUUCUAACUAGACAGCAAAUCGCUCACUUCUGGUGUCAGUGUUGGGACAGUAGAGGUAAUGUAAUAUGGUGAUAAGGUCAGGCUUGUCUAGUCUGGGGUUCACCUCUAGGGCACCACCACACUGGAGAGAUAUGUGGGUCCUACCAGAAUUAUGGCUGUGUAAUGUGGUAUUCCGGGGCCAUAAGAGGAUAUUUGUAAGAAGUUCGGUAUCACACUUGAAACAAGGUUAACCUUUUAACCUUGUUUACUGCAAACAGGCCUGAGAGCUUCUCCUCUAUUUUUGCUGAUCCAGACCUAGCCAGGCAUGAAGCUACAUUCCCUGAAACACAGACCGCUGGAGUGGGCAAGUGUCCGAGGGUGGGGCCUGGGAAUGCUUUCAAAUAUUGAUUUAUUCAAUCUAUCUCUGACCAUACAGGUUAAAUGAAUAAGACUAUGCUGUGGGAGCGUAUGCGGCGAGCAGGAAAUCGGGUGGAGAGGAGUAAUGUUCCUGUUCUUCAGGUCGGGGUAAAGCACGUGAUCAUGUGACCCUUAUUUACAGUGUUUGGUCCGCGACAUUAGCAGUCCAGUCCCGGAGUCGCAUGCAGAUGCAGUAGGACAGGCAGCAGAACAGGCAGCAGAACAGGAAGACUCCCUGUUGAGAGCGGAGCUUCUACAACGCGACGACACAUCUCCUUUGUGACAGAGAAGGCCUCCUCCCAAGUUGUCUUCCUCCCAAGUGGUCUCCCUCCAGGGUCCGGUCAUGGCGUCACGACCCCGUGCCUUCUCCCAGCCCGGGGAGCCCUCCUUCCUCCUGAGCCCCCAGGUGGGCGUGGCUUUGCGUCCGCGCGCCGUCUCCUCCAACGCCAGCUCCAUGCUGGAGGAGGAGCUGUCCUGCCCCGUGUGCUGCGACGUGUUCAGGGAGCCCGUGGUGCUCAAGUGCAGCCACAGCUUCUGCCGGGCGUGUCUGCAGCAGUUCUGGAACAAGAAGAAGGCCCGGCGCGAGUGUCCCGUGUGCCGGACCAAGUGCUCCCUGACGGAGCCCACGGUGAGCCUGGCGCUGAAGAAUGUGGCGGACACCUUCCUGAGGGAACGGCAGCUGAAGGGGGGGCUCUCCACGGGGGCCGGGGGACGAGGGGAAGGGAGCGUGGCGGAGGAGCACUGCCUCGCGCACGGGGAGAUUCUCAAGCUUUUCUGUCUGAACGAUGGCGAGGUGCUGUGCUGUGUGUGUCACACAUCCAAGAAGCACCAGGGUCACCGAGUGUGUCCCCUGGAGGAGGGAGCGCAGGACCUCAAGAAAGAGCUCAAAGAAGAGGCGAUGCCUUUGAAGAAAAGCCUCCGUCGCCUCUAUGAAGCCAAGCAGGAGUGCGAUGACACAACUGUGCACAUCAAGAACCAGACCCAGCAGACGGAGAUGCAGGUCAAGGCGGAGUUCGAGGAGCUGCGCCUGUUCCUGCAGAGGGAGGAGGAGGGCCGGCUGGCGGCGCUGCGGGAGGAAGAGGAGGAGAAGAAACUGCUGCUGAGGAAGAAGACGGAGAACAUCACCAGGGACAUCCUCGUCCUCUCGCAGGCCGUCAUCGCCAUCGAGAACGAGAUCGCGUCGAGCGACGCUCUCUUCCUGCAGAACUACAAGAAAACCAAGCAGAGAGUUCAGGUCUCUCAGCAGGACCCCGGGAAGGUUUCGGGUGCUCUGAUCAACGUAGCCAAACACGUCAGCUCUGUCAAAUUCCAGGUCUGGGAAAAAAUGCUAGACCUGGUGUCCUACACCCCUGUAACCUUAGACCCCAACACGGCCUACUCCUGGCUGUCUCUCUCUGCGGACCUGACCGGCGUGACUAACAGCGGCGCCGUGCAGAAGCUGCCCGACAACCCGGAGCGCUUCGACCAUUUUGUCUUUGUGCUGGGCUCCGAGGGCUUCACAUGCGGACGCCACGCCUGGGAGGUGGAGGUGGGUGGCAAGCCGGACUGGAUGCUGGGCGUGGUCAAGGAGUCCAUCAACAGGAAGGGCCGCAUCUCCGGCUGCCCCGAGGGCGGCUUCUGGAUGAUCUCCCACUGCGAGGGGGAGUACACGGCCAUGACCCGACCCAGCACCCCUCUGCAGCCGGGCCCAAACCUUCACCGGGUCAGGGUGCAGCUGGACUACGACUCUGGAGAGGUGACGUUUUCCAACCCCGUAACUAUGGCACCCAUCUAUACCUUCAACGACUUCUUCACUGAGAAGAUGUUCCCCUUUUUCUGUCCUGGGGCCAACAUCAAUGGCAACAACCCUGGCCCCCUUAAGAUCUGCCCAGUCAAGGUGGCUGUGUGGAACAGCGCCACCUGGUGAUGUUAAGUACUCACCUGUUUCAUUUAAGGCCUGGGACACUGACCAAGGAAGUCUGUUUGGUGUAAAAUAAUAAAAUAAAAAAAUCUGACAAGCUGUAAUGAAAAGACGCAUUUCACAUUUAAUUGUCUGCUUUUCAUUUUGGGGCCUUUAUCUUUUGUAAUCAGUUUUGUUGAGAAUUGUGAUAUUGUUUCUUUCCUUUAUCAUGAUCUAUAUAUUUGACCAAAAUGUGUUUAUUGGGUAAAGUAAGGAUAUCAGAAUUAAUAAUCAAGAAAUAAA